AUGUCCACGUGCGCGCGCUCGUCUUCCAUCGUGAGCUGGGCAAGCAGCCUCGCAAGGCUGGCCCCUCUCAAGAGCUCCCAGCUCCCAGCUGCCCCUCGCCGCUGCUACGCCGUCGCCUCCGGGGCCACUCGGUUCCAAGUGUUCAAUCGGCGGACGAAAUGGCUCCAGAAGGAGCGCGCGGCGUCCAAUGCUGACGAGAGCCGUCAGGCGGACUAUCUCAAGGACGAGGUGGCCGUCAGGCUCACGGAGAGGCUGUUGGACAUCAACCGGCACUUCCCCAAGGCUCUCGAUCUCGGCGCCAACUCGUGCAACGUCGCAAAAGCCCUGACGCGCGACAAUCCCGAUCCCGACCCAAACACUCCCACGUCGCCGCCGCUGUCGUCUCGCAUCGGCGAGCUCAUCGCAACCGACUCCUCCGAGACCAGGCUGUACCGCGAUGCCGGCCACGAAUUCAACCACAAGCUCAACAUCACCCGCCAGGUGGUGGACGACGAGGAGACCGUCUCCUUUGAGCCCGAGUCCUUCGACCUCGUGCUGAGCUCUCUGAGCCUGCACUGGAUCAACGACCUCCCCGGCGUCCUGGCCCAGAUCAACAACAUCCUCAAGCCGGACAGCCCCUUCAUCGGCGCAAUGCUCGGCGGCGACACCCUGUUCGAGCUGCGCACGUCGCUGCAGCUGGCCGAGCUCGAGCGCAGAGGCGGCAUGUCCCCCCACGUGUCGCCGCUGGCCGACGUGCGCGACGUGGGCGGCCUGCUGCAAAAGGCCGGCUUCAAGAUGCUGACGGUGGACGUUGACGACAUCAUCGUCGACUACCCUGACAUGUUCGCCCUGAUGCAGGACCUGCAGGCCAUGGGCGAGAGCAAUGCCAUCCUGAACCGCGAGAUGGGGCCCAUCAGGAGGGAUGUCCUGGUUGCUGGUGACGCCAUCUACCGGGCCUUGCACGGCAACCCGGACGGGUCGAUUCCUGCUACCUUUCGGAUCAUAUACAUGAUUGGCUGGCGUGAGGGCGAGAACCAGCCGAAGCCUCUGGCUAGAGGGAGCGGACAGACGAGUCUCAAAGAUAUAUUGGAGACUAAAUAA